AUGUCAAUAUAUACCAGAUACGUUUUAACAUCUGUCUCAUCACUUUUAAUGACAUAUUCGAGGAAAUUACGGAUAACCGUCCCUUGUUCCUCUGCGAACGUUGGACCUGGAUUUGAUGCGCUUGGAAUAGCAUUGGAACUAUAUCUUACACUUGACAUUAGUAUAUUCGAACGAACCUCCGAUAAAAAAAUUUAUAAUGAUGAGGUAAUUUUAACGUAUUCCGGCGAGGGUAAAGAUGGUGUUCCCCUUUCCGUCGAAAAAAAUCUAAUUACGAAAUCAGCACUUUAUGUUCUCGCCUGUAACAACAUUCCUGGUUUUACUGCACCAAUGAACAUUAAUAUUAAUAACCCAAUUCCGAUGGGUCGUGGUCUAGGCUCUUCAGGUGCUGCAGUUGUUGCUGGCAUUAUGUUAGGUAAUGCCUCCGGAAAUUUAGGUUUAACUAAGGAGCGCAUGCUUGAUUAUUGCUUGAUGAUAGAACGUCAUCCUGACAAUGUUACAGCUGCUUUAAUGG